AUGGCGCCCUCAAGUUCCGAUCCUCGGCAGAUACUGGUGGUGUUGAAUCCAACCCGCCGAAAGGCUCUGUACCAGCUCGUCAGCGAGAUCACGACGUACAUGCGAUCCCAGCUGGAAUUACAGGAGGGCGACCAACAGCAGCACGCAGAGGAAGAUGCAUUAUCACCUGCCACGUCUGAUGCCUCCGUCAAGGUAAAGGCAGAAGCUGCCGUGUCACAGCGACAUGUGCCACCCAGUCCUGAGCUCGUCCAACUACGCCAGGCGGCCUUGGCUCAUCUCGAUGGGUGGAGAAGGGAGUUUCUGACCAAGCUGAAAGAGCUCAAGAUCCUGUCCCCAACAGACGACGCCGAGAUCUUGAAGGAGCGGCGGAUUCGCACAGUAAAAGUCGCCCAAGUCAAAACUGAUGAUGCUCCUACCGACGGGGAGGAGGAUCUUAUGAGUUUCGGAGGGGAGGCGGCCGCGAACAAUGCGGCACAAGAUACUGCUAAGGCAGUCAGAGCCCUACAGGCCAUCUACCAUCCUAUACCUACCAGGCUCACGACUAUACCAGUCCAAGACCGAAAAGAGGUGCUCAGCGCAGUUCUCAUACUCUUACUGUCGACAGGCAGCUACUCCGCCUACUCUCGCACAUUUAUUACCUUCCUGGCCUCUGCACUUGAGCUUCCCCUCUCUUUCCUGACCGCAGAAGAAAAGGAGAUUGCCACGAUGAUGAUCCAGGCGUCCUCCGAGGCGGAGAAGACCGCACAUGCUGGCGGGAUGUCGGCUGAGGCCGAGGCGCAGAAACGGAAGCAGCAGACACAGACGGGCAGGUUUUGGAAGGUCGGCCUGGCAUCUGUUGCCGGAGCUGCCAUCAUCGGGGUGACCGGUGGUCUCGCGGCACCUGUCGUGGCUGGGGCGAUCGGAGGCUUAAUGGGCUCGGUGGGGCUCGGAGGUCUGGCCAGUUUUCUGGGAAUCUUCUGGAUGAACGGCGCUCUGGUUGGGACAUUAUUUGGGGCUUUCGGGGCCCGCAUGACUAUGAUGGACAAAUACGCCAGGGAAGUCGAAGACUUUCGCUUUCUACCACUACAGGACGAGUGGAGUCCUGAAAUCUCCAAGGAGGGCAAAGAUGUUCGGAGACUGCGGGUUACCGUUGGCAUCAACGGCUGGCUUCUGUCUGAAGACGGAGUCACGGAGCCUUGGCGAAUUCUCAGCGAUGAGACCGAGGCAUUCGCCUUGAGAUACGAAGUGCAGAGUCUCCUCAAGCUUGGAAGCGCUCUCGAGGACAUGGUUUCAUCGUACGCGUGGAAUUUUCUCAAGAUCGAGAUUCUGCGGCGCACCGUUCUCGCAACCUUAUGGGCAGCACUGUGGCCUGUACAGAUCCUGAAGCUCGCAGCCAGCGUCGACAAUCCCUGGAACCUGGCUAAAAACCGCUCAGACAAAGCAGGGAGGAUAUUGGCUGAUGCGCUCAUCAACAAGGCCCAGGGCGAGCGGCCUGUCACGCUCAUCGGAUACUCGCUGGGCGCGAGGGUGAUCUACUUCUGCCUCAAGACCCUUGCAGAGCGCAAAGCUUUCGGUCUGGUAGACACAGUCGUGCUGAUCGGUGCGCCCAUCCCAUCGAACCGGACGCAUUGGCAGAUAAUGCGCAGCGUCGUGGCCGGCAAGAUGUUCAACGUCUAUUCGGAAAAUGACUACAUACUUGCCUUCCUGUACCGCGCCACAAGCAUACAGCUCGGCAUCAGCGGACUCCAGGCCGUGGAGGACAUCGAGGGCGUCGAGAACCUGGACCUGGGUCAGGAGGUCAAGGGACACCUGCGGUAUCCUAAGCUCAUUGCCCAGAUCCUCACCAGAUGCGGGUUUCCGAACAUACGUGGCGGCGAGGCGCCCAUCGAGAAAGAG